AUGGUCGACAUAGUCCCACUCUCAAGCUACCCCUCCUACAUCGACCUCCUCCCCUCAAUCCAAACCUGCAACAUAACAAACCUCCCCGAAAACUACUUCCUAAAGUACUACCUCUACCACGCCCUGACAUGGCCCCAGCUAAGCUUCGUCGCCGUGGUCCGCCCCCGCUCGGGCUACAAGUCAUCUACUGCUCCCGGCGGCGCCGGGGCCGCUGGUGAUGUGUCCGGCGAGUACCCUAAGGUUGUGGGUUACGUGCUUGCCAAGAUGGAGGAGGAGCCUGCGGAUGGGAAGCAGCAUGGGCAUAUUACUUCUCUUAGUGUUAUGCGCACGCAUCGCCGGUUGGGGAUUGCCGAGAGGUUGAUGAGGAUGAGUCAAAGAGCAAUGGCCGAAUCCCACCGCGCCCACUUCGUCUCUCUACACGUACGAGUCUCCAAUGUCGCCGCUUUGCGACUGUACCGUGACACGCUUGGCUUUGAAGUUGAAAAGGUUGAGAGCGGAUACUACGCUGAUGGUGAGGAUGCGUAUGCGAUGCAUCUGAAUCUGCAGAACAUGUGGCUUGACUGGAAGGCGAUUGAGAAGCGGGACCGGGAGAAUAAUAAGGAGAAUGGGGUUGAGGGGGAUGAUGAGAAUGUUGAUGAGGGGGAGGAGGUUGGGGAGCUUGGGAAGAAGGAUGCUGAGAAGAUGAUUCGUGUGAAGGUUGGGAGGGGGCUUGGGGUUGGGGAUUUGGUUGAGAAGAAUGAGAGUCAGUGA